UUCUGUACUUCACGAUGUAACUACCUUCACGACCAUUUAUUCAUUUCUGCAGAAUACUAUUUAAUACCAAGAGUUUCCAAGAGACGGGUAUUUUCAGUUUCACUUUGCUUUGGUUUCAUUUUGGUUAUCUUUGAAAAAAACCAACGUUGAGGGUAUACAUUAAAGAACACCAGCUUAUAAACCUUCUGGACACUAACAACAACGACAACAUGGACUAUUUAAAGAUUAUGAAGACAGUAGAAACCCUGUCAAUUUUCGUCGCCAUCAUUUUGGUCACGUGGUCAUCAGGGGAUGGUGCCCCGCAAUGGCGCCCACAGGGCAGGUUUGGCAAGCGCUUCAGUAGCUCAAGAUCCAGCGAUAUCAUGGCGGCACUAUCCUCAAAUACUUUUCCAGACAGCGAUGAACAGCUAGAGCCAUAUUUCAUGGACAAUUCAGACAUAGACUUUGUUAACAGCAAUACAUUUGAAAACAUGUUUGGAUCAAAUUCACAAAACGGGCGCCCUUCCUCCGUGCCCUCGGGCUUUUCAUCUCGAUUGCCCUUCGUCAGCUCCCGAAUAUGCAUAGAAACAUCAUUACCAGGAGUCUUUAAAUGUCAUAGGAAGGGCCAAACAGAAAGUACAAUGGUCACGUUACAAGACGAUUGAUCAUCAUCCUUGGCGCCAUGGACAAGCGCGUUACCAUGGCACCUGGAGCAAGCGCGUUACCAAUGCUCGUAUCGAGAAUUACAAGACCACCACCUCGAGAACCGUUACCAUCGCUACAAUAGACAAUAACUCUACAUAAAAAACAUUUCUAGAACAAUGUUGUUUCGAUUAUCGAACUAGGAAUUAAAAAUGAUGAAUUGAUAAUUUGUACUUGAAUAAAAAUACAUUAAAAAUU